AUAAGGCGCGCGCGCACUCCAUUCUGCCCUUUCAUUCGGAGACAUCGCCACGCCAGCAUCGCCAGUUUUGCCAGAGAAGCAGUCUCAUCGGCUAGCAGUAGCCCAGCCACGUGUACGCUGACUGAGUUCGGAGCCCGACUAAGUCGCCUCCAAAAGGUUUGGGUGUGGCGGUGGUAAAGCUUUCCCGUUUAGGACGGGUUUUACAAGUAUUUUGGGCGUCUUUGUGCGCCUUGCUUUAUCCGUUUGAUUUUACUGUACAGAUGCGGUAAUACGCACCUGAGACCCUGCAUUUACAUGUGUAUGCUUGUUUUCUCAUUUGCGGGAUUGUGUGGGGUGGUUUGGCUUGUUAUGUUUUCAACGGGGAGGAAAGCUCAAGUCAAGUUUCCUGAAGCGUCCACGACCUGGCCUAACUACCUAGCGUGGCGGACUCUUGCUUGGGUUGGGGGACUUAGUUGAGAGUCCAAGUUCUGACGUGUUAUAUUUAUGUCGUUGUCAGAUAACAUGUCUCAGGAACCAAGCGCUUCGGGAACCUCCACGCCGAGAAGGGGGACGAACAACGCCAACCCGAGCAGGGAGGAGUGGAACACAUCCAGCCACCAGACCCGCAGAACAACGUCGCACCACAGGGACAACAGGAUGCACCGCAGGGACAACAAGAUGCGCCGCAGGGACAACAGGAUGCACCGCAGGGACAACAGGAUGCGCCACAGGGACAACGAGAUGCACCGCAGGGACAACAAGAUGCGCCGCAGGGACAACAAGAUGCACCGCAGGGACAACAGGAGGCGCCGCAGGGACAACAGGCAACGCCACAGGGACAGCGGGCCGCUCGGCGGGAGCAAGCGGGGCACAAGCUCCAGCGGACCCGCAGCCGGGGCCGGCGCUAGAGCAGCCCCAGGCGGCGCGGGCGGUUAUGGCAACACACUUACAUGUGGUCCAAGAGCUGAAGAAGCAGUUCGGCGCCAUGAAGCAGGGGCGUACCACGGGUAUCAGGGAGGAACUGGUGCGGUACGCAGGUCGACCAGUGGAGGCCUUCGACCCACAGGGCCCUGGCCCUCGGGGAGGUGCUGGUAGCUCAGGCAAGCAGAGAGAGCCAUUUCGGGAGCGACCUGGUCAAACGGCUGGCUAAGGUUAUAGCCCAGUUUGUAAAGAGUCACAGGGCAAGAUGCCCAAGGCUGGCGCAACUAAGAGUAAGGCCUCUAGAGCCAACACUUAUGAUAAUAGCUUAAGCUUUAAAGGCAAGGACGACAGGCCAACUCGAGGCCGGGUGAUGAAUGCUUUAGGUGCCAUGAAGUAGGCCACGUUGGCAGAGAUUGUAGAAGGCAAGCCUAGCGCAUCGGAUUAAGCUGGUAAGAAUUUAUAUUUG